GGCAGCGGCCGCGGUGGGAUGGAGUCGGUGGUCUUCAUCUUCUCGCUGAUCGACUGCUGCGCCCUCAUCUUCCUCUCCGUCUACUUUAUAAUUACUCUCUCAGAUUUGGAAUGUGACUACAUUAAUGCUCGAUCCUGCUGCUCAAAACUCAAUAAAUGGGUGGUCCCUGAGGUGAUUGGCCAUGCUGUUGUCACUGUGUUAAUGCUUAUUUCAUUGCACUGGUUCAUCUUUCUCCUUAAUUUACCAGUAGCAAUGUGGAAUAUAUAUAUGUACGUUAUGGUGCCAAGUGGAAUCAGAUAG